AUGUAGUAACUAAGUUCAUAAUGCCAUAACAUAACUAGUACUAUUUAGACAAUACUUAUGUUUGAUAACAAAAAAUACUCCUUCAGUUUGAUGAAUAGCUAUUCUUUAUUGAAGAUAGUAGCUAUUUACAAAGCUUAUGUCAACAAUUAAAUAAGACAAUCUAUUUAGUAUGAACUGAAAGCAGCAGAUUUGGUAAAAAGAGAAGCUUGCAGUAAUUCUGAGCUUAUAACGAAUUCUGAUAUUAUCAAAGGUAAUGUUGUAACCAUACAAGCAAGUUUUCUGAAAGCAAAAGGGAAAAUAAUAAACAGUAAUAAAGAGAAAAUCACAAGCUUUUUUGGUUACAAAUUAGAAGAAGAAUAAAGAAUUUAAAAUCUAAAUGAUAUUAUUCCUUCAUUUAUUAACAAAAUCCAUCCACAAUUGAUGAACAAUCUAAUUAUUAAGGGAUAUUCUCCAUACAUAAAUUAAAAUUUGCAUACUUACUCUAUAAAUAAAUAAGGAUUUAUUUUCCCAAUUAACUUAAAAUUUGAUUAUAUAAACACAAUUAAGGAUGACUUUGUGCUUAAUGGAUGCAUCCAAAAAUAUGAUAACCUAAAUGAAUAUAUUCUUAUAGAUUCACUAGGAUUUAUUUAAGGUGUAACUGAAUAAAUCUACCACUAAAUAUUCGAUUUUGCCAAAAAUAUGAAAACAAACACACUAAAGCAAUAAAAUAACUCUGUAUAAAAAUUGAACCUUGAGCAAAUAAUUGAUAAAAUUAAUAUCUUUUAUAUCAUGCCUUCCUUAUUUCAAUAUAUCUAGACGUAAUCUUCCAAUUAAAUAAAAUCUUUUCAAUCUCUAAAAAGUGUUGAUGAUUUUUCUAAAAGCAACUUUAAUUACGAAAAUUAGCUCAAUAACUAAAAGGCAAUAAUUACUCUGCCUAUUAAUUUAUAAAAAAUAUCAAAUUAAUUAAAUGAAAACAGAAAAAAGAAUCAGCCUUAAUCUAUACCUGAAAGAGGAGACAAAUUAUUGAACCAGAGCUAACUUAAUGAUUUGUCUGGAGAACAAAAUUUUUUCCACAAAUAUUAACUUUACUUUGAAAAGAACAGAUAGUUUUGGAGUGACUAAAAUAGCCUAAAUAAAUUAAUUAUACAAUUUAAUAUAAUAGAAAAGCAGUUUACUUAUAUGGUUAAUGAUUUAGAAUAAGUGAGCUAAAAAUAUUAUGUCUUAGAAAUAAACGAUAUUAGUUAGCUUGAUAUUUAAAUUCCAAAGCUUGAGGAAUAGUCAACUUAGAGUAAUAGCUUAACUCAUAAAUCAUAAGCAAUGGAAAAUGAGAUUGUUAGCUUGAAAAUAAGAAAUAGGGUAGAAAGUUUUAUGUAAAAUCCUUCUCAAUUGUAAAUACCCAUUUUAACCAAUAAUAACUCCACUCCAUUACUGAGUUUCACGAGAGGCUAAGAAGAUUCUGACACUUUUAAAGGUGGUUAUGACACUUUUCGUAUAGAUGAAAUAGAAAGAUCUUAUUCAAAAAGACUUAUAAAACCAGUAGUUGUAAAUACAAUGGAAUAGCAUCAUAAUUAAGGAAAUACAACAAAUACUAUCUUAGGAGGUAUUUAGUAAAUAUAUUUUAACUAAGAUAAAAGUUUAGUCUCUGCAUAAAAAAAUGAAUUUUCAUUUGAAUCAGAAAGCCACUAAAGCUCUAUUAAAAAAGCAGAGAUCGAGGAAAGAUAGGGAAUAGGCUCGUUUAUAGCAAAGGACUUUAAAAAUUAAGAAAAUCAAGCUUAUUAAUAUGAUGGAAACAAUAUUUCUUAGAGUGAGUUACAGAUAUAGAUUAUUAACUCUCUUCAGAGUCCCACUAAUAGAGAUAAAUACUUUACAUUAAAUAAUUUAAUUAGUCCUAAAUCACCAAAUGAAAUAUUGCUACCAACUUAUUAGAAAGCAGAAGGAGAUGAUGCAAAUAAAAUAGUUACUUAAGUAGAAAAUGAUAUUUAUUCUUACAGAAAUGGAAGAUCAUCAUUUUCACAAAUAGAAAUACCGGAAUCUCCUAUAAAAUUAUAUAAAAAUUAAUCAAGUAUUUUAAAUAUAAGUGAUAUUAAUUUGAUGGAAUAAAACAGCAUUAGAAAGUCGAGAAAUAAAUCUAGCAAAAGAUAAACAAUAACAUUUAACAUGACAGAAUCUAGCAAAUCUAAUAAAUAGUAAGAAACCUCUUUAUUAUGGAAAAGAGUUAGUUUAAACAAAUAGGCAACUGUAUUUAAGUUCAAUUCAGGUGGUAUAAAUGAAAUCCUUUAACAUUAAUUCUCAGAAGUUUCUAAAGACGACAAAACUUAAGUCUCAAAUUAGAGAGUUUCUGAUUUAUUAAAAUCUGAAGACUAAAAAGAAGAUAAUAUAAACAAUAAAUAUAUAAUUAAGAAUUAACCAUCUAUAACAACACUUUCUUCUUUUACUAAAUGUACCGACAAUGAUGUAAUUUAAUCAAUAGCAUUCAAGAAAAAUCCAAGAAUUAUCAAUCUUUUAAACCUUGUAUUAAUUGGUCGUUUUACAAUUAUUCUCUUUUUACUGCUCUCUGCAUCUAUUAUUUUGAUAGUAGAUGCUUAGUAGCUUAUUGAUGACUUUGGACUAAUUCAGAAAUUUAAGAGUAGCUACUAACUUUAUAUUCAAGAGUUUAUAACAGGCUUAAAUCUUUUUGGCAUGAAUGACGGAUCAAUAUAUAGCUCUGAAAUUACUUAAAAAUACUAGUCAAGUUUAUAGCAAUAAAUUUAUCAAUUUGGAGAAGAUUUUUCUGAUAUGGCAAAGUAAAAUUCAAUACUGUAUUCUCUUUAUCUUUCAAACAGUAACUUAUAACCUAUUAACACAGUGAUUUACAGUGGGCAGUAAUUUAAUUUUUAGGCUGCUGUAUAACCUUUAGAGUUUGUUAUGAAAACAUUUAAUGCUUUGCUCUCACUUGCAUUUUCUUCUGACCGCUCAAAUAUUGAAGGGCUUUUCUAUUUAGUUGCUAAUUCUCUAUCUUCUCUUCAAACUUUUCAAUCUUUAGAAGAAUAAUUUUCAGACAGUUUCUAUGAUACUUAUUCAAAUUUAAGCGAGAGAUAUAUUAUUUGUGGAAUUAUUGUAGGAUCUACUCUAAUUUGCAUAUUUGUCAUAACUUAAUUCUUCUUAUGCUAAUUAGCUAGAUACCAAGAAAAAAUUAUUUUUUUAGUUACUAAACUAGACCUAAAUGACGUUUAAUAUGAAAUCAGCAAGCUGUCUAACUGUUACACUGCUUUGAAUAAAGAAAAUGAUUAAUGGCUAUCAAUAAAUUUUAGCAAUAUAAUGUUUUAAUUUAACUAUAAAAAAAAUAUUGAAGAUAUUUCACUUUCUUAUAAAAUACAAGAAAAAAACACAAAAGGUGAUAAAAAGCAAUCAAAAAAAUAAAAACAAAAUCAAUAAAUAUAAAAUUAAGGCAAGAAUAAGUCAAAUCUAUAAUUUUCUUCUACAAUCUAGGGUUAGUCAGUUAGUACUGUAAAAUUUUAGCUUUUGCUGACUGUUGUUCUUGUACUAUGUUUAAUAUUGUUUACUGUAAUUUUGACACUAUCUUACAACAAAAGUUUAAAAAUGAAUCCAAGUAUAACCUUGUAAAAAAAGACUACAUAGCUUAUCUAUGCAACUAACACAGCUUUGCUAUUCACUGAUUUGCUUUCUGUGAAAUAGAUGACUUAAAAUUAAUACUUUCCAUAAAUUCAAACUUCAUAGUAUAUAUCAGUUAGUUUGUAAAGCGUAAAUGUAAUUAGAAAUUAUAUUAACUCAUUUGUGACCUACACAGAGAAUAUAGGAAACUAUGACUAAAAUUUUUAGAGUGAUUUAAAUGAUUAUUUUAGUUCUGAUUUGUGCAAUUUAUAUGACUCAAAUUAAUUCUGUACCGAUACUGCAAAUAUAGAUUAUUAAAUAAGGAGAUCCUUUGUUUCUUCUGGUUUGUCAGGACUUUUCUCAAGAUAUAAUUAAUAUUUUGGGAAUAUAAUAAGUGCAUUAACAAAUCAAAAUAGUUCCCAAGCUAAAUCUGAGAUAUACAACUUCAUGAAUAGUUAUGAUUAUGAAAUACUUAUUUUACAAGGAUUUUAGCUUCCUAUGCUGUCUUUAAAAGACUUUUUAGACUUAAUUAACUAAAAUAUCAUCAAUACAGCUAAUUCUUUGAAAAAUACUGAAAUUAUAUACUAUAUUAUAUUCUGCUCUAUUUUUUUGGUUAUGCUUUUAGCAAUAGAUAGCAAAGUAAGAUAGCAAAUAAUAGAAUAAGUCUCUAAACUAAAUUUCUCUCUAACAUUUAUUCCAAUUCAUAAGCAGCAUGAAGAAGUAAUGAUACAGAUGCUCAAAUAAAUUAAUAAUUCUUGA